AUGCCGAAGCCGUUUAUGUUCGGAAAAGCUAAGAAGGAAGCAUAUUCUAUCUACAACGCCAUAAAUACAAGAACGGACUUUUGGUCGUCAACUCCAUAUGGACAGAUCUUGAAGGCUAUUUUCCGGCUCACCGCGCUUUUAUGUACCAUUAAGGCAGGCGUGGUUUUGUAUGAAUUUGCGGUUCCGGAAGAAAAGAGGCUCCAUUAUAAGUACCGCGAGAAACACGGGCAUGGUGAAGAUCAUGGUCAUCAUUAA